AUGGCCGGACUUGUAAACAAGAAAAAGAGAAAGCCUGAUGGCCGCUUGCAACGACCCACCAAGAAGCAAAAGAGAAAGCAACUCCGAGAUUACAACAGUGAUUCUGAAUCUGAGGAGGCGCAAGAAUUUGAUGCUGUCAAUCUGCUCGAUUCCGACGACGAUAUUCACAAUGUCCAGGUCGACAACGUCGGUGCUUCCGAUAAUGAAGCUUCUAGCUCCGAUGAAGAGAGACCUGCCCUGAAGAAGCCUCUCAAGAAGACAAAAACAAACGCGAAGGCGCAAAAGCCCAAGGAUGACGAGCCGGAAGCCGAGUCUGAGGAGGAGGAGGAGGAAGAGGAUGACGAUGACGAGGGAUCAGAAGACGACGACGAUGAAGAUGUGGAUGGCGCAAACUCCGACAAGCGCAAGAAGUCAAAGCGAAACGAUCCCAAUGCUUUCGCCACGUCGCUCUCAAAGAUUCUUUCCACCAAACUAUCAACAUCCAAGCGGUCAGAUCCCGUCCUUGCCCGAAGUGCUGCAGCCCACGAAGCUUCCAAGGCAGCCGUCGACAAUGCACUGGAAUCCAAGGCGCGAAAACAGCUCCGCGAGCAGAAGAGGCGAGCAUUCGAGAAGGGCCGAGUAAAGGAUGUCCUUGUCGCAUCCACAAAUGACACUACUGGAGAGCUGGAGGUAUCUACAUCUGAAAUCAUGGAGACUGAGAGGAGGCUACGUAAGGUCGCGCAGCGUGGUGUUGUCAAGCUUUUCAACGCUGUUCGCGCUGCGCAGGUUAAGGCUGUUGAGGCGGAGAAGGGCACAAGAAAGGAGGGUGUUAUUGGUAUGAAGAAGCGAGAGGAAAAGGUCAACGAGAUGAGUAAAAAGGGAUUCUUGGAGUUGAUCGCCUCUGGAGGCGGCGGAUUGAAAAAGGGUGGGCUCGAAGAAGCGUAA